UUUUUUUUUGAACUUGUAUUUCUUUUUAUUUUUCUUCUUCUCUUUCUUUUUUUGUUAUAUUUAGAAACUUGUUCUUGAUUAUUAUUUUCUUAGAACAUCGUUUUGUAUGGACUUUGAAUAUGUAGAUUGGACACUGCUUAUGUUUUUUGUCACACAGUUUGUGAGCAACCCAAAAGACGUCUCUGGUUUUCCUCUUCCCGUUUGGAAACAGUUGAAAAUUACAGUAAAACAUUGAGUUCCAAGUUCUGGGAAGACUCUUGUCUAAAUAAAUCAAAAUCACACAGUUCUGUUUUGUUUUGGAAAUAUUUUGAUUAUUUUCAAAUUAUUUGAAGUAUUUCAGUUUUUCUUUAUCAUGUAUCUAUCCUUUUAGUUACCUCUUUACUGAUGAAUUAGCAUUGAUCAAAAGAAACUAAAAACAAAAAUUUACAGAACAUAUACAGUUUUUCAAUCUCCAUUCACUCAAAACAUCUUAUAAACGGAACAGAGAAAGUAUAUAUUAGCAAUAGCAGAGAGCAGAAAUGUUAUAUUCUUUUAAUCUUUUUCCGUUGACCAAACAGAAGUUGGGUUUACAACUUGCUUGGGAAUGGAUUUACUCAACUGACUUGUCGUUACUAAAGCAGUUUAGCCAUUUAGACUUAGUGGAGUCAACUAUUCAUGUCUAUAAUUGUCCAUUAUCUUCCUUAGAUAAUAUUGUGUUUUGAAAAAUUAUUAUCUUCAAUUUGUACUUACUUUGGUCACUGUAGAAAAAUAGUUGCAAAAGCUUAAAAAGAUGAAAAAUCAAAAGUAUUUUAGUUGAAUCAUGAUGGGUAAGCUCAUACCUCUUUCUGUUUUUACAAUCUUUAUUCAUGUACUUCCGUAAGUACUUUUACCAGAAAAUGUGAUUAUGGAGUUUCAACCCUUCUAUCUUUAUCCACUUACUUGUAUCAAGAAAUAUCGAUCUUGUCUAUGGCGGAGGGAGCAUAGGUUUAAUGGGUUUGAUUUCUCAAGCUGUUUACAAUGGAGGUCGCCAUGUCAUCGGGGUUAUCCCCAAGACACUUAUGCCAAAGGAGAUAACAGGAGAGACAGUGGGAGAAGUGAAGGCAGUAGCAGACAUGCACCAAAGGAAAGCUGAGAUGGCUAAGCACUCUGAUGCUUUUAUUGCUUUACCUGGUGGAUAUGGGACACUUGAAGAGCUUCUUGAAGUAAUCACUUGGGCACAGCUUGGAAUCCAUGAUAAACCAGUGGGAUUACUGAAUGUGGAAGGAUACUACGAUUCUUUGUUAUCAUUCAUAGACAAAGCAGUGGAAGAAGGUUUCAUUGCACCAACUGCUCGUCAUAUCAUUGUCUCUGCUUCUUCUGCUAAAGACCUUGUCAAGAAACUCGAGGAAUAUGUACCAAGGCAUGAGAAGGUAGCCUCAGAGAAAAGCUGGGAGAUGGAGCAAAUAGGGCUGAGUCCCACUUGUGAAAUCUCAAGAUGAAAAGGAUAAAGCCCAACUGAAUUUUUUUCUAAAUUGGGUUCCUUGUUGCUUGUAAAACACAAAUUGACUUUAUUUGUGUAGUUUAUUCUGUUGUUUAAUGUACUUUUAGCAUUUUAUUUCGGAAAAGAAAAAACAAAAAGAAAAUCUAUGUUUUGGUUUGAAAUU